GAGAAGGGAGCGGGAGGUGCCGCUGCGGGUUAUGAGCGCGGCCCGGCGCUGCGGCCCACCCCGGGCUCUCACAGGAUUAUUUGUCUGGCACCUUCCGAAACCAGCAGUACGGCAAAUGCCAUGCAAGUUUAUGCACUGUUGUGGAGUAGCCAAUAAAAGAUGGAUUACAUUUCAGCACCUUAACUUCCUCAAACGAAUGUAUGUAACACAGUACAACAAAGACCUCAGUCAGCAAGCAAAACCGAAGUCAGAUCCAGUUGCACCUCCUUUCCUUGAGAAAAAACAUUUGGGUCAAGAAAAAACAGUUCUACGUGAGAUCAGACCAGUUUCACCUCUCCACCCACCUUUGUCUGAGACUCCGAACAGAAAUGAGUUCAAAGCAGUAAAUUCAGCUGCAAUUGUAGAAGACUUGGCAACAGCCGUAGGAGCAGAAUCCAAAGAAGAAAAACAGUGGAAAGAAAUGAAGCUACAACUGGAUGAUUUACCAGGAAUUUUGGCACGUUUGUCCAAAAUCAAACUUACAGCUCUGGUUGUGAGUACCGCAUCUGCUGGGUUUGCUAUGGCUCCGGUCCCUUUUGACCUAACUUGUUUCCUGCUUACCUCCAUUGGAACUGGACUUGCUUCCUGUGCAGCCAAUUCCAUCAAUCAGUUCUUUGAGGUUCCCUUUGACUCGAAUAUGAACAGGACAAAAAACAGACCCCUGGUGCGAGGACAGAUCAGCCCUCUGCUUGCAGUGUCCUUUGCCGCCUCCUGUGCAGUUCCAGGAAUCGCCCUGCUGACCCUGGGAGUAAAUCCUCUCACUGGGGCGCUGGGAGCCUUCAACAUUUUCCUGUACACGUGUUGUUACACACCAAUGAAAAGAAUGAGCAUCGUCAACACGUGGGUGGGAGCUGUUGUUGGUGCCAUUCCCCCCAUCAUGGGCUGGACUGCAGCUACCGGCAGCCUUGAUGCUGGCGCGUUGCUGUUGGGAGGAAUUCUCUAUUCCUGGCAGUUUCCUCAUUUCAAUGCCCUGAGCUGGGGCCUCCGGGAGGAUUACUCACGAGGAGGAUACUGCAUGAUGUCCGUCACUCACCCUGCGAUGUGCCGGCGGGUUGCUCUGCGUCACUGCUUGGCCUUAAUUGGACUCUCAACAAUGGCCCCCAUCCUCGAUGUCACCACAUGGAAUUUUCCGCUCAUUUCACUCCCUAUCAACCUGUACAUUUCCUACCUCGGCUUUCGGUUCUACAGGGAUGCAGAUCGCAGCAGCUCCAGGAAACUUUUCUUCUGCAGCCUGUGGCACUUACCAAUGCUUCUGCUUCUCAUGCUCACAUGUAAGAAAUCCCUGAUACAGAAAGAAGACAAAAGCGAGCUUCUCAGUUGA